AUGGAAAAUAUCGAGUUGGUCAGUGGAGUUGAUGAGCCAGUGAAUCGAUUAGCCACCUCUGUUGGUACGACCACUAUUAUUGGUACGACCACUAUUAUUGGUACGACCACUAUUAUUGGUGCGACCACUAUUAUUAGUACGACCACUAUUAUUGGUACGACCACUAUUAUUGGUACGACCACUAUUAUUGGUGCAACCACUAUUAUUGGUGCAACCACUAUUAUUGGUACGACCACUAUUAUUGGUGCGACCACUAUUAUUGGUGCAACCACUAUUAUUGGUGCAACCACUAUUAUUGGUACAACCACUAUUAUUGGUACGACCACUAUUAUUGGUGCAACCACUAUUAUUGGUGCAACCACUAUUAUUGGUACAACCACUAUUAUUGGUACAACCACUAUUAUUGGUACAACCACUAUUAUUGGUACAACCACUAUUAUUGGUACAACCACUAUUAUUGGUACAACCACUAUUAUUGGUACGACCACUAUUAUUGGUACGACCACUAUUAUUGGUGCAACCACUAUUAUUGGUGCAACCACUAUUAUUGGUACAACCACUAUUAUUGGUACAAACACUAUUAUUGGUACGACCACUAUUAUUGGUACGACCAAUAUUAUUGGUACGACCACUAUUAUUGGUACAUCCACUAUUAUUGGUACAACCACUAUUAUUGGUACGACCACUAUUAUUGGUACGACCACUAUUAUUGGUACAACCACUAUUAUUGGUACGACCACUAUUAUUGGUACGACCACUAUUAUUGGUACGACCACUAUUAUUGGUGCGACCACUAUUAUUGGUGCGACCACUAUUAUUGGUACGACCACUAUUAUUGGUACGACCACUAUUAUUCGUGCAACCACUAUUAUUGGUGCAACCACUAUUAUUGGUACAACCACUAUUAUUGGUACAAACACUAUUAUUGGUACGACCACUAUUAUUGGUACGACCACUAUUAUUGGUACGACCACUAUUAUUGGUACAUCCAUUAUUAUUGGUACAACCACUAUUAUUGGUACGACCACUAUUAUUGGUACAACCACUAUUAUUGGUACAACCACUAUUAUUGGUACAACCACUAUUAUUGGUACAACCACUAUUAUUGGUAUGACCACUAUUAUUGGUACGACCACUAUUAUUGGUGCAACCACUAUUAUUGGUGCAACCACUAUUAUUGGUACAACCACUAUUAUUGGUACAACCACUAUUAUUGGUACAACCACUAUUAUUGGUACAACCACUAUUAUUGGUACAACCACUAUUAUUGGUACAACCACUAUUAUUGGUACGACCACUAUUAUUGGUGCAACCACUAUUAUUGGUGCAACCACUAUUAUUGGUACAACCACUAUUAUUGGUGCAACCACUAUUAUUGGUACAAGCACUAUUAUUGGUACAACCACUAUUAUUGGUACAACCACUAUUAUUGGUACAACCACUAUUAUUGGUACAACCACUAUUAUUGGUACAACCACUAUUAUUGGUACAUCCACUAUUAUUGGUACAACCACUAUUAUUGGUACAACCACUAUUAUUGGUACAACCACUAUUAUUGGUACAACCACUAUUAUUGGUACAUCCACUAUUAUUGGUACAACCACUAUUAUUGGUACAACCACUAUUAUUGGUACAACCACUAUUAUUGGUACAACCACUAUUAUUGGUACAACCACUAUUAUUGGUACAACCACUAUUAUUGGUACAUCCACUAUUAUUGGUACAACCACUAUUAUUGGUACAACCACUAUUAUUGGUACAACCACUAUUAUUGGUACAACCACUAUUAUUGGUACAACCACUAUUAUUGGUACAUCCACUAUUAUUGGUGUCGAACUGAUCAGCGUUCCUAAAGACCAGAGAGUGAAAAGCUACUUGUUACAGCGCCUCAGUGUCGCAGUUCAGAGAGGAAAUGCUUGUUGCAUCUUGGGCACGAGUCCAACUUCGGAAGAAUUUGACGAGGUGUUUGACUUGCAACAUAUGAUCGAUCUGUCUGUGACAUAUAUUAAGGUAUCCAGUUGUACUUCUGCUUAUGCUGCUGCUAGUACUUCUGCUUAUGCUGCUGCUAGUACUUCUGCUGCUGCUGGUACUUCUGCUUCUGCUGCCGCUAGUACUUCUGCUUCUACUGCUGCUAGUACUUUUGUUUCUGCUGCUGCUAGUACUUCUGUUUCUACUGCUGCUAGUACUUCUGCUUCUGCUGCGGCUAGUACUUCUGUUUCUACUGCUGCUAGUACUUCUGCUUCUGCUGCAGCUAGUACUUCUGUUUCUACUGCUGCUAGUACUUCUGUUUCUACUGCUGCUGGUACUUCUGCUUCUACUGUUGUUGAUAUUAAUUUCAGCAUCAAGUUUACCCAGCUUCCACAGGGACCAACCGGUAUUUUCCAGGAUCAAUGGGGCCUCGUUCGAGGCUUCGACAGGGCUAAGGAUGUAAUAACCGACUGUGGACAGAGAACACAUGUUCUCACAAUGCUCUCUAUAUUUGUCCACACAGAGAACACAUGUUCUCACAAUGUUCUCUAUAUUGUCCACACAGAGAACACAUGUUCUCACAAUGCUCUCUAUAUUGGCCACACAGAGAACACAUGUUCUCACAAUGCUCUCUAUAUUUGUCCACACAGAGAACACAUGUUCCCGCUGUCCACUUUCGACAUGUCAACUUAA